AAUUAUGACUAUAUUUAUCUUGUUUAUGUAUGGCCAAAAUUGUCUAAGGUAGUUAUAUACAAAUAAUUGUGUUUUCCAGACUUUCUUUUCAAUAAUUUGGAGAAUAUGUUUGUUACGUUUUGAACCACUAUUUAGGUUUAUUGGAUUUUGUAAUUUAAAUGAUAUUAACCGAAACAGAAAAGGAGCUUGGUUACUUUCAUAAGGUAAAAGUUACUGGAACCUAUUCAUUUGUAAUAAAUCUUUUUUCUCGCAGAAUGGUAGAUACUAUAGAUACUACAGGUAUAACAAUGUCGUGAUGAGUGAUAGUUUUGUUAUUAGGUAUUAGAUCUUCUGUGCGUAACAUAUAAUAUUUCAAUUAUUGGAAAUAAUUUCAUUCGCCCUAUCCAUUAAUUUACUAUUAGGUACUUCAUUGUGAUCUUAAAAGUUUUGGAUGGGUAAUAGGACGAUAUUUGCACCCUUGUUUAUAAACUUUCUAUUUGACCAAUAAGUCUAUUUUUUAGUUAGUAGUAGCAUUGUAUAAAGAAUUCUUUAUACAAUGGUAGUAGUAACAAACAAAAAUUUUAAAAUUUGGUUCUGAUCAUAAACUAUAACUGUCACAACUUGCAAUAUGUCACGAGUUUCUUUCUUAACAUAACCUCAAAUCAACGCUGAUCCGUUUCUACAUUUUGUACAAUGGUUAAUAUUACCGAAACUCAAAUCAAAAGUAUUGGUAAUGUAUUGAACGAUUCUACUAGACCAUUAAAAGAAAGAUUUCGAGCAUUGUUCACUUUGAGGAAUAUUGGUGGUGAGGAAUGUAUCAAGUGUAUAGAGUCAUGUUUUUCAGACAGUUCCGUGUUAUUAAAACACGAAUUAGCUUAUUGUUUGGGGCAAAUGCAAGAUGAGAGGGCGAAUCCAGUAUUAAGGCGAAUAUUGGAAGAUUCAACACAAGAACCUAUGGUUCGACAUGAAGCAGGUGAAGCCCUAGGAGCUAUUGGCAGUCCUGAAAAUAUGGAAGUUUUAGAGAAAUAUAAAAAUGAUCCAGUUGUAGAAGUUGCAGAAACUUGUAACUUAGCUCUAGACAGAAUUAAGUGGCUACAAUCUCAAAAACAACCAACACUUUCCGAAAACCCCUACAACUCUGUCGAUCCCGCACCUUCUAGUACAGAUUCUAAUGUUGAAUAUUUAAGGAAAGUUUUAUUAGAUGGAAGCGCUCCUCUGUUUGAACGAUAUAGAGCUAUGUUUUCUUUAAGAAACUUGCAAUCAAAAGAAGCUAUAGAUGCACUAGGAGAGGCUUUGAAACAUGGAAGUGCAUUAUUUAAACAUGAAAUUGCAUUUGUUUUGGGGCAGCUACAAGAUGAACGAGCUAUAACUUAUCUCAAACAAUCACUGCAAGAUGAUAAUGAAAAUGAAAUGGUAAGACACGAAUGUGCUGAGGCAUUGGGAGCUAUUGCAACACAAGAAUGUACAGAAAUAUUAACGAAAUAUUUGAGAGAUCCGAAGAGGGUAGUUAAAGAAAGCUGUGAAGUAGCAUUGGAUAUGUGUGAAUAUGAGAACAGCCCAGAGUUUCAGUAUGCUAAUUCUUUAAAUAAAGCAGAUUGAGAUUCUGUCAAUAAAUUAAAAUAAAUACA